GGGUGGUGCCUCAGCUCUUUGCCGCCUCUCUCAGCCCAAUUCGAAACACUCGAGAAACAGAGAUAUGGUUGCAACGGCUACACCCACUUCGCUUUUGUGCGCUUCUCUUCCCUACCAAGGGUUUUGUGGUUCAACUCAGAGCUUGCAGUGGAGAAAGAACGAGACACGGUUUAUGAGGAAAGCUGGGCCCAUUCAAGUUACUGCAAAAAUUCAGCUAAAGCCGCCUCCAUACCCACUGAAUGCUUUGGAGCCACAUAUGAGCUGCGAAACAUUAGAGUACCAUUGGGGGAAGCACCAUAGAGGUUAUGUGGAGAACUUAAACAAGCAAAUAAUGGGAACUGAACAAGAUGGAUUGACUUUGGAAGACAUAAUACUUGUUACCUAUAACAAAGGAGAUCUCCUUCCAGCCUUUAACAAUGCUGCACAGAUCUGGAACCAUGAUUUUUUCUGGGAGUCUAUGAAACCAAGCGGUGGAGGAAGGCCAUCUGGAAAUCUUCUCGAACUGAUCAACAGAGAUUUUGGUUCUUUUGAAGGAUUUGUCGAACAGUUCAAGUCAGCUGCAGCCACACAGUUUGGUUCUGGCUGGGCUUGGCUUGCAUACAAAGCGAAUAGACUCAAUGUUGGAAAUGCUGUGAAUCCUCGUCCAUCAGAAGAGGACAAAAAGCUAGUGGUAGUGAAGAGUCCCAAUGCCAUAAACCCCCUUCUCUGGGAUUACUCUCCUCUCCUUACGAUAGAUGUUUGGGAGCAUGCUUACUACCUCGACUUUGAGAACCGACGGGCUGAAUAUAUAUCAGUUUUUAUGGAGAAGCUUGUAUCAUGGGAAACAGUCAUUUCCAGGCUAGAAAUGGCAAAGGCUCGAGCUGUAGAGCGGGAAAGAGAGGAAGAGAGGAGGAAAAGAGAGGAAGAAGAGGAGAGUGCAGCAGGCAGUGAAGCUGUAGAGAUGUACUUGGAAAGUGAGACAGAUGAUUCAGAGGCUGAAUGAUUUUUGCUACUUCAAUUGUUUGCUGUUAAAGUACCUACAAUGAACUUGAUUGUGGCAUAGAGAUCACCUAAAGCGGUAUAAGUAUAAUCAAGAUUGACAUGUUUUGCAACAACACCCUGUUCUGAUGGUUCUUCCAGAUGUACAUUUUUCUAUUUGGAAUGAGCAGAAAUGUACUAUGUACUAUCAAGUUAAUACAAUUCUAUUGACAUUCAUUCAAAUUUUACAUUGGCG